UCAAAAUGGCGGCGUCUAUGAAGCAGUAAAUUAGUUGCGAAGAAGUGAUUUUAACAGCCCCCCUGAGCAUUAUGAUCAUAAAAUGAUACGAAAUCAAUUUACACAUAUGCGAUUAACAGCCAGAAUUUUCACACGUGAGAGUUUAAGGUCCUGUAAUACAUUUUUUAAUCCUCUAAGUUGGACACGAGUUUUGAGCGAGGGAUUUGCUGCCGCUGACAUGGCUGAGCCUGCUGAAGUUGGAGUUCGGAGAAUGUCAGACACGACAGAAGCCAAGUCACCCCUCAGCCCUGUUGACGAGUCUCAUGGCCCAGGUGCCGACUGCAAAACAGAGUCUGUCCUUGCUCAAACUGUUCAGGAGGCCAAAACAGACGGACUGCGAUUGAAGAGAAAAGAAUUUUCUGGUAAAACCAAAAAGGGAAAAAAGCUCGACAGACAUCCAAAGAAAAUCCAGAAGUUUUCAAAUGACCAGAAGUUUGAUGAAACUACAUACUACUAUGAAAAUGGCUUGAGGAAGGUGACGCCUUACGUGUACGUAUUUGAGACUCACAUUAAAGGACGUUGGAUGGGAUGCUCCUUGCUCGAUGUCUUUAAAAGAGAGUUCAGAAUGGAAACACCCGAGUACUACAAAAAGGCUAUCAGCCGUGGUCUGAUCACCAUCAAUGGACAGAAAGUAUCUACCGACAAGAUUCUCCAUAACAAUGAGUUCCUUCGCUCCAUGGUGCACCGUCACGAGCCACCGGUUACCGGUGAACCUCUGGACAUCAUCGCUGUGAACGAUGAGUUUGUUGUCAUCAACAAACCAGCUUCUGUACCAGUCCAUCCUUGUGGUAAAUACCGCCACAACACCAUCAUCUUCAUGUUGGGCAAAGAGCACCGACUAACGGGAUUGCACACAAUACACCGCCUGGAUCGGUUGACGUCAGGAUUGCUCAUGUUUGCAAGAACACGUGAAGUUUCUCAGAGAGUCGAUGCCUAUGUACGGGAUAGGAAGCUGACUAAAGUGUAUGUCUGCAAAGUCAGUGGAGAAUUUCCCAGCGAGCCCCUCGAUUGUUCCGAGCCAAUCGUCACCGUAUCACAUAAGAUUGGUGUUUGCAGGGUGAGUCCCGAAGGUAAAGAGAGUAAGACGACCUUUCAGCGUCUGAGCUACGACGGAUUUACCAGCAUCGUGCAAUGUACGCCUCACACCGGACGUAUGCACCAGAUCCGUGUCCAUCUACAAUACUUGGGAUACCCCAUUGUGAAUGACCCCUUGUAUAACAACCCCGUUUGGGGCUCUCAACUCGGCAAAGGAGGAGACAUUCCACACACAGACGAAGAUCUACUGACUGAACUAAUCAAACAGCACACUGCAGAGCUAAAAUCUCAAGUUAUUGAGGACCCAGAAAUGUUCAUCAAGACCACGAGAGAUCAGCUUGUCCACGAUGCAGAUGCUGAGGUUGAAUACGGUGGCUCAGGCCAGGGAGAGGCACCAAAUGUGACUUCGGCAGCAUGUAGUAACGGAGUCGAGGCGACUAGAGCAAAUGAUUCCACUGGGCAUUCCCUUGACGAGCAGGGCACAGCCAGGUCUGAUGAGCAUCAUAGAAGGAAUGAAAGCACAAACCAACAAACCAUAAUCGAAUCAUGCGACCUUGGUAACCAGUGCACAGCCGAUUCAGAGGUUGCUCAUCCCUGCGGAACUGGAUCAAGUGAUCAAGCAGGGUCGUCGCACGGGACUUGUGAAGAUCUCCCUGAGUCAUCAGGAAGGGGAAAGGAAGAGGAAGAAGGCCUUAAGGAGUUAGAGGAGGAUUUAACAGAGGAGCAACGUCAUAGACUUGUUCAGAGCCUGUGUAGGGAAUGCAGGAUGAGACUGAGAGAUCCUACACCCGAUGAGAUGACCAUGUACCUACAUGCACUCAGCUACAAGGGUCCCGGUUUUGAGUUCAGCACUCCUUUACCAAAGUGGGCAGAGGAACAUAUUCAGAGGUCGAAGGUCAUGGAGGAGUCUUUGAACUGUGGUUGGAAUGUCUCCAUUGAUUUUCCUUGUCAUACACAGCUACUGACUGAACUAAUCAAACAGCACACUGCAGAGCUAAAAUCUCAAGUUAUUGAGGACCCAGAAAUGUUCAUCAAGACCACGAGAGAUCAGCUUGUCCAGGAUGCAGAUGCUGAGGUUGAAUACGGUGGCUCAGGCCAGGGAGAGGCACCAAAUGUGACUUCGGCAGCAUGUAGUAACGGAGUCGAGGCGACUAGAGCAAAUGAUUCCACUGGGCAUUCCCUUGACGAGCAGGGCACAGCCAGGUCUGAUGAGCAUCAUAGGAGGAAUGAAAGCACAAACCAACAAACCAUAAUCGAAUCAUGCGACCUUGGUAACCAGUGCACAGCCGAUUCAGAGGUUGCUCAUCCCUGCGGAACUGGAUCAAGUGAUCAAGCAGGGUCGUCGCACGGGACUUGUGAAGAUCUCCCUGAGUCAUCAGGAAGGGGAAAGGAAGAGGAAGAAGGCCUUAAGGAGUUGGAGGAGGAUUUAACGGAGGAGCAACGUCAUAGACUUGUUCAGAGCCUGUGUAGGGAAUGCAGGAUGAGACUGAGAGAUCCUACACCCGAUGAGAUGACCAUGUACCUACAUGCACUCAGCUACAAGGGUCCCGGUUUUGAGUUCAGCACUCCUUUACCAAAGUGGGCAGAGGAACAUAUUCAGAGGUCCAAGGUCAUGGAGGAGUCUUUGAACUGAUCGAGGGACAAAU